UGCGAUCCAGAAAACGGCGGUUGCCGUCCUCCAACUUCUGCCGCACACUAUGGCAGCUCUUCUGAAGAGCCUACUUGCUGCCUCGGAGAAAGCUGCCAACAUUGCCCAGCUGUGUCGCCAGGAGGAGGCACUCUUCAGCUUGCUCAUUGAGGAGAAGAAGGGCGCAGACAAGAACAAGAAGUUCCUGCAGGAUUUCAAGACCUUGGCAGAUGUGCUGAUCCAAGAGGUCAUCAAGCAUGAUGUGGGGAAGGAGUUUCCAGAGUUACAAGCCUAUAUUCGUGGUGAGGAGUCCAACAAGUUUGAAAAUGGCCUUGGAGAGACUGUGGUGGUGCAGGUAUGUUCCACCCAAACAGAAACAGCUGCACUGCUUCAAAAAGUCCUGGAUCAGAACCAGACAGCUGCAGAACUGCUGGCAGCUGCUAUUCACCAGGAGAUGGUGCUUUCUGACCCAGCACUGGAUGGUGUGACUGUGACAGUCUCCACUGAGAAAAUGGCUAUGUGGAUUGACCCCAUAGAUUCCACCAAUCAGUACAUCCGUGGCUGUGGAGAUGUGGUGCCUGUGGAUGGCAUCUACCCAUCAGGACUACAGUCAGCCUUGGUGCUAAUAGGGGUAUACAACCGGCACUCAGGUGAACCUGUUCUAGGUAUCAUCAAUGAGCCAUUUUUCCAGGAACAACUACCAGAGCAUAGAUGGCACAGCAGAUACCACUGGGGCAUCUCCUAUGGAAACACCAACCUGAGCUCGCUAAGCCAGCCCCUGCCUCAGGCUCCCCCUCGUGUGGUGCUGAGCAGCAAUGAGAAAGUGGUGCUGCAGAAGGCCCUGGCACCCCUGUAUGGCGAGCAGUUCUACUUUGCCUCUGGUGCUGGGUACAAGAUGCUGUGUGUGGCCCUGGGAUUUGCAGAUGCCUAUGUGCUCUCAGAGGGCAGCACCUUCAAGUGGGAUUCGUGCGGCCCCCAUGCAAUCCUUCGGGCCCUUGGUGGAGGCAUCGCUGAUCUUGCAGGGGCAUUGCGUGCUUGGCGUGCUGGCCAGCGUGACUCGCUGCCUGAACUGACCUACAACAAGCCAGAAGAGGGUGCCGUGGGUGCCGAUCGCUGGGCAAAUCAUGGUGGUGUCAUAGCCUAUAUUUACCAUGACCAUCUGGAGGCUGUCAUGGCUACCCUGGCAGCUGCAGUUGAUGUUGUUUAAGUUCCUCCUCUAUAUGGGUGUGGCUUGGCUGGGACAUUCACAUCUACAUGAGGGGAGA